AUACGAUAACCUAAAAAAAGAAGUGCGCAAGCUCGAGGCUCACAAAAGACAAGCGUUAUAUCAGACUGGUGGUGGUUGUGAGCGAACCUGAUAUAAAAGGUUCACUUAAAUUAUUGUAUGCUAAAAUUAAUAGUAUAAUUAGCUUCUCAGUCCAGGGUUUAGAGCCUAGUAAUGGUGAUAGCGAUUUGGUGAUGGAUGUAGUAGAGAAGGGACAGCCUAAUACAUUGCAGCAAGCUUUAGAAGAAGAUAUUCUAUUUGAUAACCUGCCAAAAGAGACAGUUGCUGAACAAAAAAAUGAUAUUUUUAAGAAUAGUGAAUCUGAAGUAAAAGAAAACGAAAUGCUGACAGAAACAAAGAAAGAUCCUGAAAUUAAGAAAGACUGGUCAGAUUACACUCCUAAAAUGUUACGAAGCAAAAGACAUAGAGUAUUACAAGUGAAGAGAAAGGCAACUGAUCACCAAAGUGAUGAUGAUAAACAAAAUUUAAAGAGGAAAUUAAUGGAGGAGGAAGCCCAAAGAAAUAAGGAAUAUCAUAUUGCACGUAUGGAACGAGAAGCAGAAAUCCAUAAGUACAAAAUAGAAAUAUAAGAUUGCAAAAUGCAAAAUUGCAAUUGGAGAUAGAGUUGCUAAAAAAACAAUUAUAAAGGAAAUAAAAGUUUAGUUAUAC